GAGCGCGGGUGAGCGGGCGCUCAGGACAAUCGCUCGGCGGGCGGGUGAGCCGGCCUCGCCCUCACCCUCCCGGGCCUGCCCCUGCCGCGGCUGGCAGCGCGGAGGUUGGUCUUUGGAUGUACCCCUGCUGAAGUGACAAAGAUCUCCCACGUGACACCCUGAGGUGCCUUUGAGGAAAGCUCUCUAGACCUCCUAUGGGCCGAGGGGGAAGUGGGUUGCCCACACCUUCUAUGUCCCCAGCUGAGAUUAUGGUGGAUUUUGGACACGGCCCAAGCCUGGGCCUCCUGCCACUGACCCAGCCCCGGAGGCGUUAGCAAGAGCCCGGCGCCCCCGUCCACCAGAGACCCCCUCCUCCCAGGGGCCUGUUGCUGGCGAGUGACUAUGCGGCUUGGGCUGUGUGUGGUGGCCCUGGUUCUGAGCUGGAUGCACCUCGCCUCCGCUGGCAGCCGAGGGCUCAAGGGGAAGAGGCAGAGGCGCAUCAGCACUGAAGGGAGCCAGGCCUGUGCCAAAGGCUGCGAACUCUGCUCCGAGGUCAACGGCUGCCUCAAGUGCUCGCCCAAGCUGUUCAUCCUGCUGGAGAGGAACGACAUCCGCCAGGUGGGCGUCUGCUUGCCGUCCUGCCCACCUGGAUACUUCGAUGCCCGCAGCCCCGACAUGAACAAGUGCAUCAAAUGCAAGAUUGAGCACUGCGAGGCCUGCUUCAGCCACAACUUCUGCACCAAGUGUAAGGAGAGCUUGUACCUGCACAAGGGCCGCUGCUACCCAGACUGCCCCGAGGGCUCUACAGCAGCCAACGGCACCAUGGAGUGCAGCAGUCCGGCACAAUGUGAAAUGAGCGAGUGGUCCCCGUGGGGGCCGUGCUCCAAGAAGAAGAAGCUCUGUGGUUUCCGGAGGGGCUCUGAGGAGCGGACUCGGAGGGUGCUCCAUGCGCCUGGGGGGGACCAUGCUACCUGCUCUGACAUCAAGGAGACCCGAAGGUGCACGGUGAUAAGGACUCCCUGUCCUGAAGGGCAGAAAAGGAGGAAAGGCGGCCAGGGCCGGCGGGAGAAUGCCAACAGGAGCCUGAACAGGAAGGAGAACAAGGAGGCGGGCACUGCAAGGAGACGCAAGGGCCAGCAGCAGCAGCAGCAUCAAGGGACAGUGGGGCCAGUCACAUCUCCAGGGCCCACUUAGGGACACUGUUCAGCCUCCAGGCCCAUGCAGAAAAAGUCCAGCGCAGCUCUGUGUGAUGAAAGCCUUACUGAAAUGGAGUGGCAAGGGCAAUGCACACACAGUCUCCUACAUACAUGCACGCGCACAGACCCCAUGUCCACAUAUGCAAUCAACAAACAUGCACACAAGUGUGCACGUGCACACUCAAGGCCACUGGAAUACACUUCUAUUCCUCGGAUGUCAACGUGGGAGAUGGGGAGCCAGAGAGGUCCUCGUGGCCAGCAAAGGACCCACAGCACACGCUUGGUUUAUGAUGCUUGCAGUGGACAUGUCGGGAGAACAUUUCCCGGGGGCCAAGCCCACACUUGGCAAGUGGAGCCUUCUGGAGUUGCUGAUCAUGUCAGUUCAGCAUGGUGGACAGGAGCCAAGCUUGAGAACUACGACUGCAUUUCCAGCGCUGUGACUUGAUCAUUGGAGAAUGUUCUUACAUGAUCCAUAUCAGGGCUGCCCUGACUGAAAACUGGUUAAAGGUUUAUUUCAAAUUAAAAUGGAAAACCAAAUGAUAACAGUAGCCACAGGUACUACAUUCCUUUUCAGUGUGGUGGAGUACACAGGAGCAGGAAGGGACAGAGCUGACUUUCAAGAAACCCCUAGUGACCUCCUAGACAGAGGGUCUAGAGCAGGAAGAAAGCUUUAGGGGUACUCUGAGGGUGGUAACCAUGCUCUCUACAUCCAGGUUACUCAGUGUGGCCUGUGACCCAGCGUCGGUGUUUUCACAGGGCAGCAGGUUAGAAAGGAGCAUCUCAGGUCUCAUCCCAAACCUGAUGAGCCAGAGUCUGCAUCUGAGCAAAGUUUCUGGGGACUGGCCGGCACAUUCAAGCUUGAGAAGCAUUGCUCAAAGGAUGGAACAAAGGCCUGGCCAGCUUGCAGCAGGAGGGAUUCAGGUCUGCUUUAAAGGAAGACUUUCCAUCUGGAAAGGCAGAAUCUAUACACUGAAGUGCUGUGGAGGCACUUGGGGGGGCCAGGGAGUGCGCAGGCUUUCUGAGAUGGUUAGGGACAGUUCGCCCCAAAGGUAAAACAAUGGAUGGAGUGACCUCUGUGGCAUUCUGAAGUGUCCACUGGCAACCAUCCCUGUACCAGGCAAUGGGAAUAAAUAUUUAGUUUCCAGGAGGAGCCACCAUGGGUCCUGCACUCGUGGAGCUUAAAGGCUCAUAGGGGUGACAGGUAUGAAUCAAAUAAUUAUUCAAAUAAAUGUGUAACUACAAGAGGGUGGAGUUAGACGAAAGCAACCACCUGCACAUACACGGAGCUAUGAAAGUCAAUGAAAUUGAAUAAAAAGAUUUUAUUUUAGAGAAGCUUUUCAGAGGCAGUGAUAAUUGAGCCAAGUUUUGAAGGAUGAGUCAAAGGAGUUAAGACAGAGAGAAGGAAUGGCAUUCUAGACCAGUGCUAUCCUAUAGAAAUACUGUAUGAGCUACUUAUAUAAUUUAAAAUUUCUCUAGUAGCCACAUUUAAAAGGUAAAAAGAAACAGGGGAAGUUAAUUUUAAUCAUAUCUUACAUUUAACAAAAUAUAUGCAAAAUGUUAUCUUUUCAACAUGCAAUCAAUAUAAAAAUUAUGAAUGAAAUCUUUCACAUUCUUUUGUUUUGAACUAAGUCUCAACAUUCUGUAUUUAGUUUUACACUUACAGCAUAUCUCAAUUCAAACACUAAAUUUUCACCAAAGGGUACUUGAUCUGUACUUAGAUAUCAUAAAAACUCAAGUUGAAAAGUAGAUGCAUAUGUCUAAGGUAGAUAACAGUUUUCCAAUAACUGAGUUGAAUAUAAGUUUAACAAUUUUAAAGUAAAUUAAAUUAAUAUUGAAUGGCAAUUCUGUUCUUCAGUCUAACUAGCUGUGUUUCAAGUGCUCACUAGCUACACGUGGCUUGCAGCUAAUGUAUAGGACAGCAUAGUUCUAUGGAGAGGGCACUGCACAUGCAAAUGUCCUGUGGUAGAAAGGAACUUGGUGUUCAAGGAACUGAAA